CGUAGAGCUUACACUCCCUCACAAUGCAUCCAUCCGCACAUAAUCACUCACAAAGCAUACGAUUCCCAUCCUGAUAUUCGAUCCGCAAACUCUAAAAACUCCGAAAUUAUCACGCCCCAGCGUCACACUCAAAUACAAGAAAUCCCCUCCCCUCCAUCAGGCCACUUUUUCGCCACCUCUAACCAUGCAUGUGAAGCUCAAGAGGGGUUUUGUUCAACGAUGAUGAUAUAAUAGUACCUGAGCUGUUUGUUUAUAAAUAAGAGGUUUAUCUCGUGGAAGGAAGGAGGGGUAAAGAGGACAUUACUAUGAGACAUUGAGUAGACUAUAGCAACAGUCUGCAUACCAACACAACCCAUAAAGACACUCAUCAACCUACAGCACCACCAUCAUCAACAGCAACUAUCAUCAUCACCAACAACGACUAAAAGUAUCUCAUCAUCAAAUUCACCAUGGAUCGUCAACCAACCGCCAUCAAUACAGACCACACCUCUCCCCCAUCUGAAGGUACACAGCACAAACUCGUCAUUCUUUCCAAGCUGACGUCGGAAUCUGCAGCUCCUACUUCCCCAUCCGCUCAAGCUGGUGCCGACCGUUGCAUGCGCCACACGAAUAGCUGGACACCGUCAUUUCAGCGACGACAGAGCUGGAGUCCUGAGGAGCGAAAGCACGAGAUGCACAUGGACAAGAUUGGCCAGGUCAAUACAGGGCCUGGAUUUACGGAGCGUGAGGGUAAUUGAUUGGAGUUUGGUGAAUGGGAGGACAUAAUGGCAAAUGGGUGGACAAAAGGGACCUACCAAGGUGCAAAUUGUACUACAAAAGCUGCAGUGACAGCACAAGAAUGAAU